UUUAUUUUAAAAAUUCACUAUUUUGAAAUUUUUUUCAAAUUUGAGAUUUUACAACUUGUAAAAAAUACUUGUUGCAUAAACUUUUAAACUCGUCAUCUCAUAUUUGCGGUUCUCCUUUGCUUAUUCGAUUCGGAAUGUUGAACUUACGUCAGAAUUAAAUUUUCAGCAACAAAAAUUAAUUACAACAAUUAUUUCUGGGGCGCUUUGAAGUUGCUAGAGAAAAGUCAACUCUUGCUAGAGGAUCCAGAUCAACCUGCCAAUGGUAACAAUCGAUUCGUGGGGGGGGGGUCGCUUUGAUAGUUCAUUUUUAGAAUAUUAUUCUGAAAAUUAGGCAAUUUCUUAAUAUUUAAAUUAAAUGAGACGCUUACAUCGUCACAUUUUAUCCUUCAAAUUACAUAUUUCAGAAAAUUCUUCCCAAAAUAUGAAAAUUUAUUAGGGCACCUGAAAUUUUGGAUUCACGGUCAUUUUCCAGAAUUCGAAUUCCCGAAAGAACAUUUCCCAAAUGCUUAAAUUUAGACAAUGCUCUCUCCAAAAAUCAAAAUCUCAUUUAUAGGUCGAUCGUCCCUUUUGCAAAAUAUUAGGUACCCAUAUAUUUAUACAACAUACACAACCACAGAAAAGUUGAAUUUACACUUGAUGUUAUUUGCGGAUAGAGCAUUGGGAAAUCUUACAAAUAGUAUUCGCUGCGCCGUACAUUCAUGUCAAAUCACCACUAACAAACCACGGAGCAACUAACGAACUUGCAACUGAGUAUGGUCGGAGCAAAAUUCUGUUAUUCGCCGGGCAUCCGCUUGGAGCGCUAAUGUCGCCACCCAAUCAGCGCAGGACGAAGUGGUUUGUUGAUGUUUAUUUGACAUGGACGUACGGCGCAGCGAAUACUAUUUGUAAGAUUUCCCAAUGCUCUACAACAAGUGAGAAACGUGCAACAUCACUUGAACAGCAUAAUUAUGAUUAGACAUGUGCGCCGUUAGGAAAUUGCACAGCGGCGGCGUGAGGUCAAUUUUUAUCAGCGCGGCGGCGUUUUAACGGCGUGCGCCGAAUUUCACGCCGAUUCUAAAUUGACGGCGGCGCGGCGGCGUGAACAUGGCGUACGGCGUACACCAUAGUUUUAGUUUUGCCCAAAAAAAAGAGAAAAUUUGGUAAUGGAUGUUUUUGAGGGCCCCAUUUUCAACUUUGAAGUUUUUGAUCACUAUUUGACCAAAAAUCUAAAAACCUAAAAGGAGAGAAUUGAAAUUUUUUUAAAAAUUCGACAUUAGUACCAAAAUGUGGGGUUUUAAGGGCUCUAAGAUAAUUUUUAAAGACCAUUUUCCGCGCCGUUUCACGCCGAUAAGACAUCGGCGCGUCAAAAUUUAAAUUAUCGGGGGCGGCGCGCCGGCGUGAAAUCGGCGGCGCACAUGUCUAAUUAUGAUCGAUUUGUUUGAUACGGCCAAUCGAAGCUGAUAAUUCACGGGAAUAGUAGUUUUCUGUUCACGGUACCAGAUAGCACUGGUAUCUACAUAAGUACAUACCUAGGUGCUGAAAAACUGUAAAGAUAUGAUGACGAUGAUGAUCCUGAGCGAUUUUAAUAGGGUUCCCCUCGGUGGACAGGUUUAGAUAUUUAAAUUUUUCAUUCUUAGUGGUUUAGUUGAUUUUGUCGUUUUUGGGUGUGAGUAUUAUUUCGAGUUAUACUUCUAAAUUUUUUUUGAAAAUGGUUGAAAAGUUUUGUUGGUUUUUUUCUCAAAGAACUGGUGCAAUUUUAAUUUUGAGUUUUCUUAUGGUAAGUUUUCUACUAUGUUAGUUUUAGAUUUUGGGGAACCUACUAUUGAGUAAAUUAGGUAUCAAGUUGUUUUUCGUAUUUGCGAUAGAUAUCUGUCAUCGAGGUCCAGUUUGACGCCUUAUACUUCAGCUCAGGUAAAACCUACUACAAUGAAUACUUAAACGACUUUGUCAUUGACACGUAAAUUAUGAUACUUUAUUUUAUUUUAUUUUUUUUUUCAUUUAUGUGCGUACGUGAAAGGGUUGAUUUCCAUUCCUGUGGUCUGUGUGGUAACAAUAAUUUGGGUUUUUAUUUUCAUCGUCGCACUACUUGGAGUUGAACAAAAAAAUCCGUCGUAUAUGAAACCGGCAAUAUGGGUGAUUUACAAUUCAGCUAAUGGCAUCUUGAUGAACCAGAUUUUAUGGAUUUUAAACUACUUUCAUAUCACAAAUAUGAAAAGUGGCUUUACAUCAGGAAAAAAUUGUCUGUAUGCACUGACUCUUGUCCCCAUGCUGAUGUAUGCGCAUCAUACAGUUCGCUCCCACUACAAGGAAUUGGAGUUACAACAAAAAUCGUGUGAUCGGACUCAAAACGUUGUGUAAGAGAUUAGUUUGAUAAAAAGAAUAUUGUUCCAAUUUGUAUUGUUCCUACCUUCUGUGUUCGGUGGAUACACCUUAACUGUGAAUCGUGGCGUGUUAAUUGUAAAUUCUCGAUAUUUAAAUUUAAAUAAUAAGACGCUUACCAACAUCAUCGCAUUUUUUCUUUCAAAUUAAUUUUGAAAAUUCUCCCAAAAUAAAAAAAAUUAUUAAGGCUGUUUUGGGCAAUUCUCUCUCCAAAGAACAUAAGUCUCAUUCAUAGGUCGAUCGUUCCUUUGCAAAAUACAUAUUACGAGUAAGUACCUCUACCUACCUAUGAAUAUAUACAGCUUAGGUGGGUACACAAACACAGAAAAGUAAAAGUUGAAGUUAUACCUAAUCUUAUCUACGAACUGGUGAAGAAUGCGCAAUUGAAAAUUUUUAACAAAAUGAAUGAUUAUUCGAAUACUUAUUGUGACUUCAUAUUUUUACAAAUUUUAGGUAUACCUAUUCAUAGUUUACAGUCCAAGUGCGAAAAAGUGUCAAAUGAGUGGGUUGUUUUUGAGGACAAAAAAAAGAGAGUAGAAUUUUCGUCAGUAUUUCAUCAACAUUCAAGAAAAUGGACAUUUCGGAUUUUUUGCUUGACACAGUUGCGUUCCAGAGCAUAUAGGUAUAAAGACAAUUUUUUGCCAAUUGUGGCUCUUUUUCACACUGAAACGGCUCUCCGGAAGCAAUACGACCUUCGGGAGAAAAAAUACGCACCUUCAUGAUUGCAUCCAUUCAUCCCACGCUGAUAGAGACCCACUUUGUGGAAAACGGCCGGCAUAAUGGCCCGUAGUGAUUUUCAAAGUUACGCAUCCGGGCCAUUUCUUCAAAAAAAAUAUAGAAUGUACCUAUGUACAUUUAUGACAUUUCGAUAACGUGGCCCUGUUACCCAUCAAAGAAGGUUAAAAUUUGGCGAGAAAAACGAAAAUCACUAUAAAAAUUGUUUUCGAGCAUUUCAUGAAAAUUUUGAGCUAAAAAAUUGUUCCCGUCAACUUUGAAAAAUGGGGGUUUUGAGGCUCCAGCUCCCUAUUGCGCCGGGCAAAAAAUCUGAAAUGUCCAUUUUUUUGAAUGUUGAUAAGAUAUACUAAGGAAAAGCCUACUAGUUAUUUUGUCCUCAAAAAAAGUCAAUUGUUUUCGGUUUUUAGAGCACUUUUUUGUGUUUGGAGGUUUGACGUGUAGAAUAUGCGAAGUCUCAUUCGGAAAUUGAAGUUUGAGUUUUUAUACCCUACUGGAUGAGUGAAUACUUCUGGAAAAAUAUAAACUGGUAUUUUUUCAUUGGACUUAGCUUUCUUUAUCGCUUGUGGAAUAAACGAACUUUUAUUAUUUACCUGGUUUGUAAUUGUACAUAUGUAUACCAGGUACCUCUACCUACGUCAUUCAUUCUACAUAUGUCUAUGAUUCAUAACUAUGCCACGUAUGGUACCUACAUACAUAUGUAUAUUAUGUGAGUUGGUACCGAUAACUGCUCGAAUAUGCAGCUGUUUUUACAAUUUUGAAGUACAGCGAGUGAAAAGCGUGCACAACAGCAUUUGAACAGCAUAACUUAGGUUUAAAUAUUCAACUUUUUCAUUCUUUAAGGUUUAGUGUCGAUAUUGUCGUUUGUGGCAGUGCGAGUAUUACUUCGAGUGCUAACUGCAAAAAUUUUUGAAAAUGGGCGAGAAGUUUUGUGGCAUAUUUUCUCAAAGAACUGGCACAAUUAUAAUUUUGAGUUUUCCUGUGAUGCUCAUUUUACAAGCCUCCAUCUUAGCCUUAUUCAUCAGCAGUUCAGAGUCGAUUUCCGAACCGGGUGUCUGGAAAAUAAUACUUCUCGGAAUAAUUUUGGGUAUUUUUUGCAUCAUUGGACUACUUGGAGUUGAACAAAAAAACCCAUCGUUUCUGUUACCCGUAUUAUGUUUGAUGAUCAUUUUCAUUAUUUCGAACGGGAUUUGCCAGAUUUUAUACUUCUUAAACUACUUCCAACUCACAAAUUUCCAAAAUACCUUUACAAGCACUGGGCAAUGUCUCUAUUUCGUUGUUUUUAACGCCAUGCUGAUGAAUGCGUCUACUACAGUUUUCAACCACUUCGAGGAACUGCAGUUACAUAAAAGUGAUGUGGCUAGAAAAUUUGCGUCGACAGAGGCGACGCUGGUGCACGCGUUUAAUGCAGAUUUCGUCCUCGAAAAGGAACUAACGUUACAUCAAAAAUCACGCGAUGUGGCUAGAAAAUAUGCGUUGACAGACGCCAUGCUGAGGCAUGCGUAUGAUGCAGAGCUCGCCCUCCGAAGGGAAGUCAAGUUACACCAAGAAUCAGGUGAUGUGACUCAAAACUUUGUGUUGACAGACGCCAUGAUGCAUAAGUUGAGUGCAGAUGAGUUGAAUGCAGAUCUCGCCGCCCUCGAGGAAUCGAAUUUAAAACAAAAAUCAUCUGAUCUAAUUCAAAGCAUUGUGUAAGAAAUGCAUUUGCGAUAAAGAAGAUAUUAUUGUAGGUACCUGUAUUCUUAUUGUACAUAGGUAUUAGGUACCAUUUGUACACAUCUUAACCGUAGUGUCGGGUGAUUCGAGCCAUUAAAUUAAUGUUGAUGGCACAACCAAAAUACUUCCAAACAAGUUAAACUAUCGUAAUUUUAAAUAAUUUUGGGCAAAAAAAUUAGAAAAAAUAAAAGUUUUUUCAAUCUA